UAGAGCGAGUACUAGUCCACGACACUAGCAGCGCCCCAAAAAAGAAGUCACGAAUCCUAAAAGCAAGAUGCAUUCCCUCAAACUACUUUGCCUGAUGAUCAUCGCCGGUGCUGCUGUGGCCUCCCCGCUGCUGGAAUAUGGAGCACCGCCUGCGGGCGACAGCGUUUCCCAGUACCACACGCAGGACGAGCACGGACAGUACUCCUAUGGGUAUGUGGCGCCGCUGUACUCCAAGCACGAGACACGCACCGUGGAUGGAGUGAUACGCGGCACCUUCUCCUACGUGGAUGCCAGGGGAGAGACACAGACCACGGACUAUGUGGCAGACACCGAGGGCUUCCGGGUCAGCUCCAGCCACGGCCAGCUGCAGGCCAACGAGGAGACGCCCGAGGUGGCUGCCCUGAGGGCCCAGCACCUGGCUGCGCAUGCGCAGGCCAAGCUGCGGCUGGCAGGAGAUGCCUCAGGAGCUGCCGUGGAGCUGCCACAGCCCGUGCAGGAUACACCUGAGGUGGCUGCCGCCAAGGUGGCCUUCUUCAAGCGAUUCGAGGCCGAGAAGCUGCGCAACCAACUGCUCAGCGAGAAGCAGCUCAUUCGAGUCCCAGUCACAGUCCCAACGAUCGCAGUCCGAUCCCAGCCGCUCUACGUCCAUCAGCCACUCACUGGAUAUGUCUACAACUUCCACAAGUCCCAGACUGGCACUCAGAGCCCACCCUCGAGGGACUAUCUGCCAGUGCGUGUCUGAUCUUUGCUCUGGUUGAGAUCUUCUGUUGAUUGUUGAGCCAAUAAAUGCUGCAAAUUGGAAAUUGCAAA